UUACGUUUAUGAUUGACCAAAGAGUUCCUUAAUCCCUUCAUACAGCCCAGAAAGUUUCUGAGCGAUGAUAUGGGCUCUAACCCACGUUUUCUGUCUAGAUAAUCCAGACCUAGGCCCAAUAUGUGGGAACAUUGAUUACGAUGGGCCGUCCAGUUCAGCCAAGAGAAAAGCCUGUAAUUUUGAAUUUCCCAAGGCUGACAAACCUCUCUCUGAAAACCGACAAAAGCACUAAAUCUGAAAUCAAUAGAAUUAAUUAGUGACUAAUUACCAGUAAUUAAGGCAAAUGAUCCAAUGAUUAUAUUCUGCAUUAGUAACUGGAUCUCACACCUGGCAGCCCACAAAAGGAAGGCCCAAAAAACAUGGUGGGAAAAAAGGGGGGAAAAAAACACGCGGCAGCUUACGUGGCUCAUUCGACUUUGAAUCUGACCUUAUGUCAACCGUUGGAUCGGAUUGGGCCACUGCCAGAUUUAACAGCGGAUAUCGCCAUUGCAAGAUUUUUGAAUUCGAAAACAUUCUUCUCCUUCCCCAAAAGUUUAACGUUAGGAUUCCAAAGCCAUUAACACUGUAGCCGGAGAAAAAGGGAAGCCCAAAAAUCUAUACCCUGGUAUUUAGCUUCUGCUGCCCGCCUUUCCUAAUUUUGUUUGUAGUAGUCACACAAAACAGAGUAAUUGCUCUUCGUUUGCGGGAUCUUCUGCUUUGUCAUUCUUGGUUGGGGUUCGAUUUUUUCCGCCAUUUUUUCUUCUGCUGAAGAAAGGAAGGAGGUGUGAAGAGGGCGCGCGAAGAAGACGAUUGGGUAGGAAGACAUCGAUUACUCUCUUUACUGGGUUAGUCUGUGAGUUCAAGCAGCGAAUUUCUUACUGGGUUUGGAGUUUCUUGGGGACAUUCCGAAGAAGGACAGAGAUAAAGAAACGAUUUCAGUUUCUGGGUUUAUCUUCUUGAAGGGAUCAAAGAUAUGUUGGGUGAAAUGGAGGAUCGUUGCACAACUGGGUUCUACAACGUUUUGGCUUCAAGAAAAGCUGAGGAAGCUGUUUGGAGGCGUUACCAGGCCACUGAGUGGCUGGAAAGCGUCGUGGGUCCAUUGGGUAUAUCGAACAAGCCCUCGGAGAAAGAAUUCAUUUCUCGCUUGAGAAAUGGAUUGAUUCUUUGCAAUGCCAUAAACAAAGUUCACCCAGGAGCCAUAACUAAGGUUGUGGAGAAUCAUGUACCUGUCCAAUCUAUCACCCGAGAACCCCAACCAUUGCCAGCUUAUCAGUACUUUGAGAACGUAAGGAACUUCCUGGUAGCUAUGGAAGAAUUGAAACUUCCAGCCUUUGAAGCUUCUGAUCUAGAAAGGGAUGCACUGGAAGCAGGAUCAGUUGCUAAGGUCGUUGAUUGUGUCUUGGCUCUUAAGUCAUACCAUGAUCACAAGAAUAUGAAUGGUGGGAAUGGGAGUUUCAAGCCAUCUAGGUCACCUAUGGUGGGUCACAAUGUGACCAGGAGCACUCUGCAUGGGCUCCCAUCAGAUUCUUGCCGGCGGUUGGAGAUGAAUGUAGCAGCCGAAGGGCAUCUAUCUGGGAAAGCUGAAGCUCAGAAACUAGAAGGUGAACUGGUGAGGGUACUUGCGGAGUAUAUGGCUGAUACAAAGGAAAACAUGGGUGGAAACUUUCUCGCCUCCUUUAAAGCUGGUGAUGUGGAUCCGAUGAAGUUAUUCGGUAGGAUUGUGGCAAGCUGUUUGAAGGAAAACGAACUGAAAAAGUUCCCCGAGGGUCAAACAGUGCUCAGAGACUGCUUGAAGGACAGUAGUAACUUACCUGUCCAUUUGGAAGCAACUCCCGUGGUGGACAUAUCUGAAAACAAAAAUAGUAAGUGUUGUCAAACAUGCCUAAGUAAAGGAGAGUGCAAUCACAGGCGUUUACUGCACAUCCAGGAAAGAGAACUCCAGGAACUGAAGACAUUAUGGGCAACGACAAGAAAGGAGUUCGAAGGCUUGCAAUCCCAGCUGCAGAGUGACCUCACACAAUGUGGCUUUCAGGUUCAGGAGAUGGCGAGUGCAGCUCAGGGAUAUCAGAGAGUGUUGAAAGAAAACAGGAUAUUAUACAACAUGGUUCAGGAUUUGAAAGGAAAUAUUCGAGUUUAUUGUAGAGUGAGGCCUUCGUUUACUUCUGGAUCAAGCAAUGCAGUAGAAUUUGUUGGAGAGGAUGGUUCGUUGGUGAUUGUAGAUCCAUCAAAGCCCACCAAAGAUGGAAGGAGGCAUUUUCAGUUCAACCAGGUGUUUGGUCCAACUGCCACACAAGAAGAUGUCUUUGAUCAUGUCCAACCACUAAUCAGAUCUGUGAUGGAUGGCUACAAUGUAUGCAUUUUCGCUUAUGGCCAAACUGGCUCUGGGAAAACCUACACAAUGAGUGGUCCGUCAGGUGGUUCAGCCAAGGAGCUUGGGAUAAAUUACCUGGCCCUCAAUGAUCUUUUCCAGAUGUCUGAUAGAAGGAAGGACGUCAUAAAUUAUGUUAUAAGAGUUCAGAUGGUUGAGAUAUACAACGAACAAAUACGCGACCUUCUUGCUGAAGAUUCAUCAAACACCAAGUUAGAAAUUCGGAGUUGCGCUGGGGGUGAUGGUCUAACUCUUCCAGAUGCUACAAUGCUCCCUGUGAUAUCCCCUUCUGAUGUUCUUAGGCUGAUGAAACUUGGUGAAUUGAAUCGUGUUGUCAGUGCUACUGCAAUGAAUAACAGAAGCAGUCGUUCCCACAGUGUGCUAACAGUUCAUGUUCACGGCGAGGAUGAGUCUGGAGGCAAGCUGAGGGGAUGCUUGCAUUUGGUGGACUUGGCAGGAAGUGAGAGAGUGGACAAAUCUGAAGUCACUGGAGAUAGGCUCAAGGAAGCACAGUACAUCAAUAAGUCGCUUUCAUGCCUGGGAGACGUGGUCACAGCACUGGCACAGAAGAAUACUCACAUUCCUUACCGAAACAGCAAACUUACACUUCUGCUGCAAGAUUCUUUAGGUGGGCAUGCUAAAACACUGAUGUUCGCUCAUGUGAGCCCAGAAGAAGAUUCUGUGCUAGAGACUGUCAGCACUUUGAAGUUUGCUCAACGUGUGUCAACGGUCGAACUUGGCGCUGCUAAGGCAAACAAGGAGAGCAGUGAGAUUAUGCAGCUCAAGGAACAGGUUGAGAACCUUAAAAGGGCACUGGCUAAUAGACAGUCACAAGAUCAGGAGUUGAGCAGGAUGAAGGACCCGAGAUCUCCAUUAGGGAAGUCAAUGCCAAUGACUGAUAGAACGCCACCACGCACAAGGAGGCUCAGUAUUGAGAACGGCAGCAGCACGAAGCCGAUGAAGGCUGCAAGACAUGAUGUCUCCAAAACACCUAUACUGCCUGAUAGAACACCACCACGCACAAGGCGACUCAGUAUUGAGAAUGGCAGCAACACGGAGCUGAUGAAGACUGCAAAACAUGAAGUCUUGAAAACGCCUGCACUGCCUACUCGUUCAAGAAGACUCAGCCUGGAAGCUCCAACAUAUUACAAAAGGGAUAAUGAUGAACCGAUAAGGAAGCCUUUGAAGUUUGAGCCAGCGAUGAUGACACCACAGAAGUACAACAACCAGCGACAGGAUGUGGAAGCUAUGAUGUCAAAGCCUUUUGGAUAUUCUGCUACUACUACAACUACUACCAGCAGUUCCACAGUGAAGAUUUAUCAGCAACGCAACCCUUGUAGGAGUCCUACCAGCUCUUCGUAUCAAAGGCAGACGGUGAAGAUUGAUAGUAGGACACAAGUCCCACAUCUUCAGCUGCCAUUGACAACAACAGAACACCAAGUGCUUGCUAGAAAUGAGGUCCAGAUUGUGAUGCAAAGCGAAGUUCCCAUUUCUGCCAAUACUACUACUACGGGCAGUAGUGCUAAUGGGAAAGGAUCCCAGAUUAGGAAGUCACUUCGGAGCAUUGGGAAGCUGAUUAAUGGAUCAGAAAAGAGGAAUCAACGAAAGGAACCAUCUCCAAUCCCUGAAGAAAUGAAGUCACCAAUUGGAAUUAGCAGUAGUUCAAGGACUGCCAGGAGGCAAUCACUAACUGGAGUUCACAAGUCGUCUCGCAGGACAUCACUUGGAGGGAAAUCAGUUGACUCGGACGACUCUAGGAGGAUUGCAAGGACACCACCACCUCCAGGCUACGGAUCAGCGCAUAACAAAAGAUGGGUUUAGAAGCAACCAUUAACAAAAGAAAGCAUGACAUUUCUUUAACUUCAUUGGAGCUUUGACUCGAAGCCAAUUCAUGGAUAUUGACCCGACUGUGAAGAUGAACACAUGCUGAGAUACAGAGAAGGUGACUAGCAAUGACAUCAUCCUGCCAUUCCCAUGUGUGUAUAUAAUAUAGCAAACAGGCUGUGUUUUUUCAGGGAUGAUAAGCUCCUCUGUUUUGCUCACAUUGUAGUAAUCAAUGUUUGGGGGAGAAUCCUAGGUCUCUCUCUGAAAUAGCUCUCUGCAGAAUUGGCAAGUGGGUUUUCUUGGGUUGUGUCAGUGGGUAUUGGAUAACAAGUCCAGAUGUAGAAUUGAAUAUUGAGGUAGAGAAGUUGGGGAUGGGAUCAAGUUGGCAAGUUCAUGUGGUUUUGGGGUUUUGUGUUUUAGGGACUUGAGAAAUGAUGCCAUGUUGUGUUUGGCAUCUCACUCAUUGGUUUUAGUAGAUUGAGAUUCAUGGAAAUGCUUGUGAAUUUUCCAACAUCUCUCAUGUCACUCAUCAUCAUAUAAGUACUUUGUUAAUCUAACAAAGGGGUUUACUCAUUAGGUUUCUUGAAUGUGUACAAGGUUCAAUGUGACAAACCAAUAAUGUAACCCCUGUCAUUUUUCUUGGUGGGAGAAGAUUACUAUUUUCCUGGGUUCAAUAGUAAACUAAAAUUUAUGAUAAGUGAGUUAUAAAUGAAGUUCGUGAUAGUCUAUUGUUAUGUAUUAGACCUGCAUAUUGAGCAUUUUUUACUGUCUAAUGAUUUUUUUUUUGUAAUAGUUGAAUAACAAAUUACUUUAUGGACGACAAUUACAUAAACAAGGGGGGUGGGGACGAGAAAACACAAAAUUAACUCAAUAACCAGAGAUUUCAAUGUCUCCAUUAAAUAUUACAAUGCUAAAAGUUAUUUCGGUUCAAUGAGAUAAUCUUAUACGAUGUAAACCCCGUUACAAUAUAAUUAAACUUGUGCGCGAUCUUUCAUCGAAUCACACAACUUUAACAUCAAUAUUGAAAGAUGAUACAUAUCAUACAAGUACUUCACUCAUAUAUAAGAAAGAGGUUUACUCAUUGCUCAUUAGGUUUCUUGAAUGUGUAUAAGGUACAAUCAUACAAACCAAUAAUGUAAACCCUAUCAUUUUUCUUGGUGGGAAAAGAAGAUAGGAAGAAAGUAGCCGUUGGCAUGUGGAGAAUUCUAGCCUGUCAUAGUAAGGGGAUUAGGGGAAUUAGGCAAAGCAAAGCCCAAUCACAUGGGAAUGUGACUGUCAAUUUUUUUGUGGGGAAAUGGAUAAACAAAUAAUUUUUCUUUCUUUGAUAUUUGAUUGGAUGGUGGGUUCUAUAAUUGUUAUUCCUCCUUUCUCAUUGGCUGAUAUCUACAAACAUGUGAUGAGCCCAAAGCUCCUUUCUUUAGAAUAUUUGCCCUUAAUAAGGAAAAAGGAGCAACCUUUUUUUCUUUGACAUCAGAAAUUCUGCAGAAUGCCCAUACUGAGAGAGAGCUAUAGAUCAAAGGAUGGGAGCUCUGACACUCCAUCAGAAGAAAAGUGGACCAGACAAAGGAUACAAAGAUCAUGAUAAUGAGAAUGUAGUAAUUAGUGCUAAUUAUGUUUAUGUGCCAUAAAGUCUUUCACUUAAUUAGGUGGUUCUGCAUUCCAUACGAUAAGCUUACAUCUUCAUCACAAAAUAGUCUUUUGAUGCAUCCAUUUACUUGAUACAGGGUGUAUCUUGACCAGACUGAACUGUGACCGGAGGAUUACGGUAGACAUUUUUCUUCUUCUUUUGAACAUAGCGAGUCGAGUGAAUGUCAAUGCAGAAAACCCUCUUAUGCUACGAUUAUGAUAACUAAUUUGUGCGACGAAACACAAUUCGAAUCUUUAUUCUGCCUCGUUAUCCAAAAACAGCCCGUUCGAUGCUAUAUUAGCACUUCCCAACACAAGAGUUUAACAAAUAACCAAAUUAAAAAGAGAGAAGUAAACUUCAAAUUUUUGU